ACCGCAGCACGACACUUUUCGUUUAGUCACCGCUCAGUCAAGACUCGGACGUGUUCGGCUCGUGUUUUAGUCGGGAGAAACAUUUUAUAACGUCGUGUCUUCUCAAACGUUCUCUCACCGACAUGUUGCGCGUAAGUUUCCACCAAGUUUUGGUCAGCUUCUCACUCACGGCUCUGCUCGUGUGUGUUCACGGAAAGGAGUGGAACAGAUACGACUACCCAGAUCCGCAGAAGGAUCUGGUGAAAUGUGGACUGGACGGGAUCCCGUCCUGGAUUUGCGAUCCGGAUAACGUUCUAUCAGAGGAACAAGUUUCGGACGUGCACAGUAGACUAGACGAACUGAACAGCGGUACCAGAUGUUUGUGUAGUUCCUGUGACGCCAGCUACCAGGGGUACAAGGUAGCCGUGGCCGUCAUGGACAAGGUGUCGUACAACGGAGCUGCCGAGCACUUGGACCUUGUGGCGAACAACUUCGCGCGGUACCUGCGGGAACGGUGGUUCUCCUCAGGCUGUGGGGACAACGUACUCGUCCUGGUCACCAAGGAAACGCCUCAGGUGUACAUUUCGGCGGGAGUAGCGGCGAGAUCAAAGCUUCCCGACAGCACAGUGAAAAGCAUCGUCAGUAGUGCGCAGGCGCAGCUGGACUCCAAGGACUUCGAGGCUGCCAUCUUGACGGUGGUCAACGGGGUCAAGUCCGAAUUCGAGGACAUGGACAGUACGGUGCUAGCUAUCAUCAUCGCCGCAUGCGUACUCGGACUUCUUACGGUCGUCUUGGUCAGCGUCUUGGUUUGCCUCAAGUUGCGCUCGAUGAAGGAGGACCCCAAGCCGACCUUCUUCCGACCGGACAAGACGCGAGAGUCGCACAAAAGUCUGGCCAAGAGCGAGACCCACUACGACCCCAACACGGACAAUGUUUACGUCUCACUACGGGAACCCAAGACAGCAGAGGCUGUUGUAUGAUGGGAUAUGUUCUCGCGGGGCAGUAUGGGAUAGAUGUAGCUGUGUUAGCCAACGUGUUUAUGUUUCUAACGUUACAUGACCAUCCUCAAAAAUACUACUACACAGCCUAGGAUAUUUCUGCUAUUUAUUGUAAUUUAUUUGUGCUAGUUCCACAUAUUUCGAGUGUUGCAAUAACAAGGCUUCUGAUGUCGUUAGAAUCAUUUAGAAUGUCAUAGUUAACUUCAGAACACUAAUUUAUUUAACAACGUCAACGACUGUUGUUGACAGUGCACUUGGUAUUAUGAAGACGAUGUAAAUAUAAACAGAUGGAGUUUUAUCAUGUAGUUGUGGACGUUUGAUAGGAUUUGGACGAAAACGUUGUCAGCGUUUUGUUGGAGUUGCAUAGAUUUUAGAGCUAACAAAUUUUCUACCUAAGAUUGAUGUUGACACUUGUGAAUUACGUUAGAUAAGUUGAGGCAUGGGAUACACUUUUAAAUGCAGCUGGUAUGCCUUUUCUUCUAUGGAUAUCCGACCACGUUAAAGACCAGAACGACGAGAGAAAUGUAGUCAAAGCAAACUCGCUUCAGUUGAAUGAAGCUGUACAUAUUGUUCAAUUAAGUGCCCAUCCGUGUGCGUCAACAUAACGUUACACGUGCAUUUGACUUCGAGGAAAUAUAGAAGAUUCUAUUUAUGAUUUUUUUGUACCAUUGCGUUUUGCACGAGGCAUAAAUUGAUGGUAGUUCAGAGGAGAUGUAUCGUGAUUGUGUACGAUAAAGAAUUAAAAAGUUUGCCAACAUUA